AUGGAAGCGGGGUGGUUUGUGCUCCGUACCAUCGCUCAAUUAGCUCCGAUAGUCGGAAUUCUUGAUCAAAUACGCACCAAUCGGGUCGUACGAAAUGAGUCAAUAGUGAAUCAGCUCCGCGAUGCAGAGAACGCGGUGAACAAUAAUCCGACGAUCCAUCCCAGAGAAGUCCAUAUUCCGGCCAAUGGAUUUAACGCGAGCAAUGUGUUUACAUCAGUCUUUGCUGCGAGUGCUAUUAUGGGGUCAGUUCUGUUGACCAAUACGACUGGUGAGCUGCAAAAUAUAAGUGCACAUGUUCGGGGUAUCCGAGACGAGCUCAGCACACAGUCCACCGCUAUAACAGCUGGCUGGAGAAAUGACGGUUAUGGAACUUUCAUCUACAAAUUUUUGAAAACAGAGAUCAACGACCACGGCGGGCCUAAAUCUGUCGGGCACCAUGCCUUCUAUGUAUACAAUCCAUCGACCAUCGCUGAUGUGGAGUUUAAAGAAAAAAUAAACCACCAACCACUACCUUCAUCUUUUGGAGGUUACGGUUCCGACCUCCAAGCCCUAUUCAGUCUUAUGUGGGCAAAUCGACGAACUCUCCGAGCCACGAUGCCCAGGGAAGAGGCGGAUGCGAUUGUCUUCCAUCUCCUUGUCCCAGCGAAACGAACACUAGUUAUUUUGGACCGCAUGUCUAUACACGAGUCUGUCGGUCCGCUUAAGAUUAAAGGCCAUAAAGACGAAGACGCCUGUUACGUCCACAUGAAUUUCGUACAUUUACCUAGGGAAGUCACUUUACAUGACAUCAACAACCUGGACACUGAUAGAGCUAUUUCGAAUGAGCGAGAACGAUUGAGACAGAAACAUCAGGGCUACAUGGUGACCGGGUUGUGCUCGACAGCUGCAACAGGGCUUGGGAUUAUUGGCUCCAGUUUUGUUUUUCCGCCAGCAAUGGGUUAUUUUGUAGGCGGCUACUUUGCCUCGCUUCUCGGCGUCUCCGGGACCGCGGUAUACCACGGGAUUGUCAAUCCUCCCCUACCUCUGGAGGAAGUAAUAGUCUUAGGCCCUCCAGACCACUUUUUUGAGGAUAUAGCAGCUCUACAGUAG